UUUAUGGCAAAAGAAAAGCCUGGGCGUUGCGGAAGUUUUCGAGUUUUAUUGGGAAGACAAUAGCGCUGACUCGCUCACUGAUUCACAGCCCUCUUCCGGAAGUGUAGCGAAGCUACGGCCUAAGACACCUAUCUAUCAGGCUGAUUUUAGUCGUCCUUGCAACAACUUGGCAGUAAUGGGAUUCACAGCUAUUUUCAGAUACAUUGCAGUUUUGAUAACAAUCACUUCGUCUUCGUCAUAUAUUUCAGGCAGCAUUGUCAGCACAGAGCAGCGCUUGAUUGAACAUCUGCUGACAAAUUACAGCAAAGAGGCUAGGCCAACAUUGAGCCAGAAGACAGCAACGAAUGUGUCGUUUGGCCUCGAGCUCGUGCAGCUAAUCAAUGUAAACGAUCGAUAUCAGAUGAUUACUGUCAAGGUCUGGGUCAGGCAGAAUUGGAAAAACGAGCUGGUCAGAUGGGACCCGAAAGACUGGGAUGGCAUAAAAUCUGUUCAAGUUGAUGGAAAGUUGAUGUGGACACCUGAUAUUGUUCUCUAUAACAACGCUGACAGUGAAUUCUCUGGAGGCUUAGAUAAAUACAAAACGAGGGUGAUAUUGUAUUCAGAUGGCAGUCACUACUGGCUCAGUCCCUCGACAUUCACAAGCACUUGCAAAAUAGACAUUACAUACUUCCCUUUUGACAAGCAGAUCUGCAGUUUGAAGUACGGCUCAUGGGCAUACGACUCGUCUGGUAUCAAUAUGAUGGCAGACAAUAGGCCGGUGGUAACAUCCCAGUACAUAAACAGUUCUGAAUGGGAAAUAGUUGAAGGUUUAAAAACACGCAAUUCAGUUAAAUAUGCUUGUUGCCCGUACCCAUACUUAGACGUCACUGUAAAACUUGUUCUCAAACGCAAGCCUCUCUACUAUAUAUUUAACGUGAUUACCCCAUGCCUUGUAUUGGCAGUCACUAUAUUGUUCGGGUUCUUCUUGCCUCCGGAAUCAGGAGAACGCAUCAGUCUGACUAUCACCAUCCUGCUUGCCGUGGCUGUUUUUCUGCAAUUGGUCAGUGACAGCCUGCCGAGGAAUUCCGACAGCAUUCCUAUACUGGCGAUAUUUUAUAUGGUAAUAAUGACCGAAAGUGCCUUGUCCCUUGUAACCACAUGCAUUGUGCUCAUGUUCCAUUUCCGCUCAACUGCACGUGGUGUGGAAAGGCCUCCGCCAUGGAUGAGGAAGUUAUUCUUUCAAAAAAUCGGGAAACUUAUCAAGAUCAAGCGAUUAAAGAUUUCUGAUUCAAAAUUUGAAUCUGAAGCACCGAAAUCCGAGAAAAUGAACGGGAAGACAUAUUGCAACGAUGGCUUUGCAGAAAGCUACGCCAUCCCAGUGGAAAAUGGCACUUUUGAAACAAGGCAAAUGCCUCACUCACCUAGCCUUAGGCCUACAAGGAACGGCAUAGCCAGUGGGAAAAAACAACGAUUAACUCCGAAUUUAACCCUUCAAGACUUGGACAUGAAUAGUAAUGGGAACAAAAAUAUUCUGGAUGAUAUACUGACAGAGGUCCAGAUUGUCGCCGAUAAUUUCAGGCAAAAUCAAGCUACUGAAGAGAAUCAAGACGAGUGGAAGCAUAUUUCGAUGAUUUUAGAUAGGAUGUUUUUCUGGUUAUUUCUAAUAACCCUUACAAUUUCAGCAGUGGCAACGCUUUUGCCAGUUUAUCUAAAAUAUAAUUGAUACCGUAUCCUAAAAUUUAGAAUUGUUAAGAAGCUUAAAUGUAUCUUUCUCAUACAGUUAUGCAUACAUCCAUAUAUAUAUAUACAGUAUAUACAACAUGACCAGUAUGUAAUGUUACGCAGGAGCUUUUGCAUUGCCUCUGCGAUGCAGCCCAAGCCGCAGUUAUCAAUCACCCAACAUGAAGGUAAAUCAUUCAAUGGACCACGAAUCCUUGUCUAAGCCAUACUUAUUUACGUUUUAGACAAGGUUUCUAUCAACUAAAGACAUUUCAUAUAUCAUUUCAAUGCUAGCAUUGCUGGUCACCUACAGGCUAGCAUUUUAGGCCAUUUACAAGUAUUUUUCCAUGCUCUUUGUUGAUAAGCACAGUUUCCCUAUUGCUCGUUUCUCUAAUUCAAGAACAUUCCAAUGAGGCUCUAUACCUGAGGAUUUUGGCUUAUCUUGUCCUCACAAUCGCUAAGAAUUAAUAUAUCAAAAUUUUCAAGAUUUUGCUUAUGAAGUUUUCUCAGAAAAAAUGUGAAUUUAGAAGGAAGGAUUUUGCUAGUUUGAAAAAGCUUUAAUUGGUUAUUUAGCGUUGGUUGUUGUGCAACUAUUAAGGCAUGACCAAACGAAUCAAACAUUUGCAAAACAUUAUCCAGCAAUGUUUAAUGGAACUCACAAGUUCCGUAUAGCAUCACUAGACAUCACCAAACAUUUGGAAAACAUUAUCCAGCAAUGUUUAAUGGAACUCACAAAUUCCGUAAAGCAUCACUCGACAUCACCAAACAUUUGGAAAACAUUAUCCAGAAAUGUUUAAUGGAACUCACAAGUUCCGUAAAGCAUCACUCGACAUCACCAAACAUUUGGAAAACAUUAUCCAGAAAUGUUUAAUGGAACUCACAAGUUCCUUAAAGCAUCACUCGACAUCACCAAACAUUUGCAAAACAUCGUUCAGCAAUAUUUGUUAGAAAUCUAGUUCCGUAAAGCAUCAUUAUUCUCAUAAUAAAACAUCAUCAAACAUUCCUAAAACAUGGUGGCAAAUUUAAUAAAACAUGUUUUAUGAAACAAUGUUGGAAGAUGUUUUAUUGCUAUAGUUGAUUCGCUUUGUCAGGACAUUCAGUUACUUAUCAAAAAACGAAUUCGCUCAAAAAUAGCUUGUUGUGAUUUACAAACAUGAAGAAAAUAUAGCUAGGUUACUUCUUUUUUGAGAUUGAUAUUUCUUGCUAAUUUUAGAUUUUCUGCAACCGAUUUUAUCUCUUCUACCUAGACGAAGGAAUAAUGAUAGGGGUGUUGUCUCUAGAAAAUCUUUGAGUCAAUCCCUUUUUACAUUAUGGAAACAACAUUUAUUCCAUCCUCUUCUAAAUGUCCUACUUUUUGACAAGGAAGAAAUAUCAGAUAAGUUUUCCCUCUAAAAAAAUUUUGAUUUAGUUCUUAAAGAAUACGUUAAAAAACAUUUUGGCAAAAGGAUUGUGGUUAGCAGCCACUGUACUCGCUGAAUCAUCAUUUUAAUAGAUUAAUUCUUAGCCAAUGAAUUUUACAUCUUCAUUUUCUUGGAAACAAGAAAUCUCGAAUUUCUACUUGCACUACAAAAGAUAUGAAAAAUUCUAAUUCAAGUUGCCUUUGCAGAACAUACAAUUAAUCUACUUUAUUGGAAAGCAAAGCACAAAUAUCUUUUUAAUAUGCUGGGGUUCCAGGUCACUUUUUAAGGGUACUUUCACUUGCAUAAGGGGACGCUGAUAAUUUCAUCAAAUAAUACUAUUAAUUAAAGUAAAAAUAUGGUAUGAAUAUUGCAUAUGACCUACUGUAAAUGUACGUGCUAUGCAUUUAUUCUGUUAUGAAGAGAUUAACUUUAUUGUUAUGCACUCUUAGCAUACCACUGUUUUGUGGAAUUUAUCAUUGGUCAAGAGAAGAGCUACUAAUGCAGUUCAAUACAAUACAGUAGAAUACGCUGGUAACUGUUCUCGAAUGAAAUAAUAUUGGGAUGAUUUGUCUGAAAUAAUCUUAGGUUAAAUUUGUUUAUUUUUUUAUGGAUUUAGGCCCAAAUAUGUUACUUUAACUUCUCCUAUUACAAAAUGUAAUUAAGCCGAUAAUGUAUUCAGAUAAUGUGAAGCAGCGUUUAUCGAAUGUCGUACUUCUUUAAUUUUAAAAGCAUGCUCUCAAAUUUGAUGAUAAACUUCGUUUUACAGUGUACCUAACCUUAAGAUUUAAGAAACGCAUUCAGUCUUUUUAUUUAUGAUUUUUGUGGCUACGUUUUUCAAGAUUAAAAUCCUACAAUGAUUGAGAAGGAGCAUUGCCAAGAAUGCUAUGGAGAUGAAUGUACAUGGGCGCUUCUUCAAUGAAAAGAAAAUCAUCCCACAUUUUCACAUCAAAACAUCUUCAGUGAUCGAAAUGUCGAUGCUAAAUGUUUGAAAGCGAGAUAAAGAAAAAAAGUUGAUAUUCAUAAUAUUAUUGUCAAAUGGCAUAUUAAAACAAAGCCUUUCAUUUCUACUGGCAAUUUUGCCCAUAUUCUUUGGCCCAUAAACCAUUCUGAGUGUGUUUUGUGGAAGCUCAUUGCAAUGCAUAGUUUUACUUGCAUCAAAUCUUCUUGGCUAUGCCUCUUAUUUUAAACAGCGGUGCUUCGUAUUCUGAACAUAGUGCGUCGUCUUACUUUCAACAAAACCCGUCGUCGUAUUCAAGCCAAGACGUGUUGUCGUCUUCUGAAUAAGACGCGUCAUCAUAUCAAGAUACGUCGUCAUAUCAAGAUGAGUCAUCAUAUUACGAUCACUAUAAGAUUUCCAAAAAUCUUGGGUUAUCUUGGGUAAGAAGUGAAGAAAAAAAGAACGUCAAAGUCAUAAAAUGCAGACCCACGACCCAGAAGAGAAGUGUGUUGACGCAGUGCCUCUUUGAUAUACACAACUAGUUGAAAGUUCUCCCUUCAAGUUGGUCCAUGACUUCUCACUAGGUGUCCCUCUUUUGGUUUAGAUUUUGUGUUGUCUUGUGUAUGUUUCAACAUAUCUUUUUUCUGUUAAUUUUAGCAAUCACUCACUUUGUUUUUCUCUCAGUUUCAUCACAGCAAAAAGUAUGUCACUUUGCAUAAAAUCUACCAGUAUAAUUUCCAUAAAAACCCCCUCCUGCGUUGGAGCCUAGCCAGAUCUCCCAGGAAUUUAACAUUAGCUCGUUUUGAGCUUAAAAUGAACAUUCAUUGAUUAAUGACAUACAUUUUAAGCCCUAUAAACAUAUAUAUUUUCCCUUUGUCCCGUCACAAUUUAUAUCAUGAAAUGAUAAAAGUCUUAACUAGUCACGAACGUUCGUUUUUAGGGCUAACCGAUACAUGCUGGGAGAAAUUAUACCAUCUAACAACAUACACCCGAAAAUAGCUUAGAGAUUCAAACACAUCAACUUAAACCCGUGAAACCCUUAGUUUUCAUGUGUUUACUUCGCUAGAUAUAAACAAUACUAGAAGCAUGAUUCUAUUGAUAAACUCACUUACCCUCAACGUUCUAGUUACCAAGGCGUAAUAUUACCUGGGAAAAGAUGCUUGAAACAACGAAAGUGUUGGCUACUUUUCAAGCAGGAAUGACUUUCUCGACUCUCUUCUACUGCACCUCCAUGUAGAAGUAUAUUUUUAAUAGGAAUCGAUGAUUUAGGCUUGAUGCCAAAUAAAUAGGCCUUCAACGGGCGCGAUGCUUCGCCUUAAAGCUUACGACAAGGAGUUCCCUAGAUAAUUUGAAAGCAUGCAGAAAAGAACACCAAUCGAGAAAUGUAAAGCAUGCCAAAUGCACCUCUCAAGAGAGGUUGUUAGAAUACAUGGCUUUCAAAGUCCCAAAAACAAACAAAGCAUUCUGAUAGUAUCCACUUAUUUAUCUACCCACUUACAAAACCUAUUUUGAGGAAUGAAUAGAAUGCUUUCCCCAGAAGGUAGAACUUCUUAGUACUAAAACGGAAUUUGCCGUUAAGGUUCAAACGAAGGAGACCCUUUCCCUAAUUUCUAUGAGACCCUUGAAAGUUUAUUGUUGAUCUAACAGUACUUUAGAAAGUCUAUUUGGAAUAUCAUUAUAAACAGACAUAAAUGUUGUACUUUUUUUGGAUUUGGGAACUGGAGAUUGAAUUUAGAAUUUCAAAGAGUUCACGGGGGAAUCGAAAAAGCCAAUGCAAUGAAGAAAUAUGAGUAUGAUAAAAGAUACCUAGUGGAUUAAAGCUAUAAAAAAUAAAAGCAAUGAACAAGGAGAUCAUAAUUUUGAAACCAGACUUUACGAUUUUACAAUAUUUCAGUAUACUCAUCAUUUGCGGUAGUUAUGGGUGAAUGUGGAUGUCAGUCAAAAAUGGCCUUCAAAUAUGACGUUGUUAUUUGAAAUGUUAGAAAACAGCUGUGUCAGUCCAGGUAUUACAUAUAAUUACCAAUUAAGCUUUUUGUACAGUAAAAUUUGAAAUAGCUUAAUAAAGUGGGAAUAGAACAAAUAGU